AUGUCAGAAACACCUCAAAAGAAAAAACCGAGCCUUCCCCCGAAAAGAGGGCAGAUAAAGGCUCAAAUUUUUAGCAGCCUUGUGAAUUCAGUGUCCUCCACUAUCUCUAAAACGGGGGAAUCUAUUCGAAACGUUAUUGGAGGUAAUGGUGGUGAUUCCGGUUCAGGACCACCCGAUUCCUUUAUAAAACUCGCUAACCAAUCUUCUCACUCCAAACGAAGCACUUGUAUCAUCAGACAACACAACUACACUUGGUUCUUCUUCUUCUCUGCUUCUUCCACUCGCCUCAAUCUUAGUCCAAUUUCGUUGCUCAUGGACCGAACCUACGCCAAUCGAAAGGGCGCCAUGGUCACACCUAGGAGAGGGCGAAUCAGGAUCAUGGUAUUUAAGAGCAUUGCGGCGGUGCUGUUGUGCUCUGGUCGACGGAAAGAGAAGGAGCGCAGUCAAGAGAGUGGUGGCGCCGCCCCUCUCAGUCUCAGCUCAACUUCGACAACCCCACCUGUUCCCAGUGGCUACUCUUCCGAUGCCUAA